AUGACGGCACCCCGUCCACAGCAACCAGCAGAGAACGAUACCAAAUUGCCAGAAUACAAAUCAUUGUCCCUUCAAGAUGCCUCCUUUGAAAACGUCAUCCAGCAGCUGCCUGCUUCAUUGCCGGCUGACUGGGGCCCGUACAACCGAUCUCAACAGCGGCUGAUCCUCUUCUCAGACGGGGAAAGGCUUAUGGUUCGAGUUACCGAUGCCGAAUGGAUCACGUCGCUGACCGCGAGCGAUUCUACAUAUCGCAACCAAUUCGAGGGUCCGCAGCACGAGUUCCGCCUGGAAGAAAUGGUGAUGUUGAUGUACCAUUGUAUGGGUCGACAAGGUUUCACCAACACGGAAGGCUUCAGGGUGUGGAAAGAACUUAAGGUGGCACUGUUGUUGUGGGCUCUAUCAUGCCGAGAGUACAGUAUGAUUGAGCACUAUCGCCUGAUCUACCCUAUUGCAUGCAUAGGAGAGCGGGUAGCGGUGCUGAACGCAUCCACCCUUGUGACGCAAGUCACUGGAUAUCUCUGUCGCUGGGUGUUGCUGAAAGAGGGUGAAUGGCAGGGCGAUAUUUCAGUUGACGGGAAGAUGCAGUCGUUCAAGUUUGGUACGACUCCGUCGCGCUCCCCAGACCGUCUUUCUUUCGAAGGAGAAAUCGGCCGCCUCCACCAAGCUCUUACGGAUACGGCGGUUUGGGAUCGUUACUUGGAGAUGGACGACGGCGAUCGCGUCAGGGUCGUGACGAGCAGUGGGGGACCAUGGCAAAUGCACCAGUCUUCCGACGGUGGUACGAUGUACUUUUGUCACGAACUUGAAGAGAUGAGUGGCACUUAG